AGCCAAUUGGUAGGGAGUAUUUUCAGACUGCCGCCGUUAUUGCCAAUGAGAUCGUCUGGCGGGGUCGCGGUAGGCGGGCCGUGGACUCUCUGGUAUAAAGUGGUCCCGGGAGUGGGGGGAGUGAAGAGAAAGGGGGGGUCUCGACGGCCGGAGGAGGAAUAGGUACGGGUGAAGAUGGCGGCAGCCGAGCCCGCGAACUGCAUCAUGGAGGUUUCCUGUGGCCAGGCAGAAAGCAGCGAGAAGCCCAAUGCUGAGGACAUGACUUCCAAAGAUUACUACUUCGACUCCUACGCCCACUUUGGCAUCCAUGAGGAGAUGCUGAAGGAUGAGGUGCGCACCCUCACCUACCGUAACUCCAUGUUUCACAACCGGCACCUCUUCAAGGACAAGGUGGUGCUGGACGUAGGCUCGGGCACAGGGAUCCUCUGCAUGUUCGCUGCCAAGGCUGGGGCCCGUAAGGUUAUUGGGAUCGAGUGUUCCAGUAUUUCUGAUUAUGCGGUGAAGAUCGUCAAAGCCAACAAGUUAGACCACGUGGUGACCAUCAUCAAGGGGAAGGUGGAGGAAGUGGAGCUGCCGGUGGAAAAGGUGGACAUCAUCAUCAGCGAGUGGAUGGGUUACUGCCUCUUCUAUGAGUCCAUGCUCAACACUGUGCUAUAUGCCCGAGACAAGUGGCUGGCUCCUGAUGGCCUCAUCUUCCCAGACCGAGCCACACUGUAUGUGACGGCUAUUGAGGACCGACAGUACAAAGACUACAAGAUCCACUGGUGGGAGAAUGUGUACGGCUUUGAUAUGUCCUGCAUCAAAGAUGUGGCCAUCAAGGAGCCCCUAGUGGACGUGGUGGAUCCCAAGCAGCUGGUCACCAAUGCCUGCCUCAUAAAGGAGGUGGACAUCUACACCGUCAAGGUGGAAGACCUGACCUUCACGUCUCCCUUCUGUCUGCAAGUGAAGCGGAAUGACUACGUGCACGCUCUGGUGGCCUACUUCAACAUUGAGUUCACCCGCUGCCACAAGAGGACCGGCUUCUCUACCAGCCCCGAGUCCCCAUACACACACUGGAAGCAGACGGUGUUCUACAUGGAGGACUACCUGACAGUGAAGACUGGCGAGGAGAUCUUUGGCACCAUAGGCAUGCGGCCCAACGCCAAGAACAAUCGGGACCUGGACUUCACCAUUGACCUGGACUUCAAGGGCCAGCUGUGCGAGCUGUCCUGCUCCACCGACUACCGGAUGCGCUGAGGCGCCCCUGCUCUCCAGACGGCCCUGCAGGGCCCAGGGGCUGUGGUGUUCGGUUUCGGGGCUCACUCUUCCUCUCCCUCCCUCCCACAGAAGGGGGUUUAGGGGUCUGGGCUGGGGGGAUGGGUGGGGGGGCACAUCGUGACUGUUUUUCAUAACUUAUGUUUUUAUAUGGUUGCAUUUACGCCAAUAAAUCCUCAGCUGGGA